AUGCUACUAUAUGUAUUACUACUGCUAUUAAGUAACGAAUAUCAUAGUCAGGCAGAAUUCACCGAUCAUUUCAACAAUUUCUUAAGCGGAAGGUACGGGAUCAGAACACAAAAACUGCUAGAAAGGCUCGAUAUGGGCAUUGGUCAUUGGGGAAGUUUUGGAGGGAAACUAAAUGAAAAUGACCCCAUAUAUAAUAAACCAGUGCUUUUUGUGCAUGGAGCGUUUUCACGUGCUGCCAUAUUCCUGAAACAUCGUGAAUAUUUUAUUGAUAAAGGAUACUCUUCGUCCGAGCUUUAUGCUACAUCAUACGGUAAUGGUAUUAAUUCAGCAAUUUUCGAUGGUGUUCACUGCAAAUACAUCAAACAGAUUCGUCAAAUGUUAGUAGCUGUGAAUAACUACACAAGAAAGACUGUCGAUAUUAUUGCGCAUUCCAUGGGUUCAGCGGUUUCGAGGAAGGCAAUUCUCGGCAAUUUUUGCUUUGAUACUGAUGAAUUACUUGGCCUUCCUCUCACUCAAUUGGUUAAUACAUUUAUAACUGUUGGUGGUACAAAUCAUGGUUUGCAGAUAUGUCCUUCAAUUAUCCCUCUUUGCGGUAGUAUUUCGUCCCUACACUGCAGCUCCAAACUUAUGAAAGAAUUGAAUUCGCAACCACAUCGUUUCGAAGGACGCAACUCUUACGACAUAUAUAGUCUUGGCGACCCGAUCAUCGGCCUCAACUGUUGCAACGAAAGUUGUGGAGUUUUGCCCAAUCAUAAUGCAUCUUUUGGAGUCACCGACCUGGAUCAUUUUGCGCUCCUAUCAGAAACUAUUAUGUUACAAUUAUCACUACUGAAACAAACAGACGGACAAUAUAAUACAUUUGAUAUUUCGUAA